GCAUGUACUAUAACAUCUAAAUUAUUUGAAAUUAAAAAAUUCGUUAAUUUACACCCUGUAGCCUCCGGCCGCCCCGUCGCCGCCUGCCGCCAGCGAACUUCCAAUUCCGUCUUCUCGCCGUUGCUGCAAGCCUCGUGGCCGGCGCCGUCAGCCGUCGAGGCUGUCGCUUCAGGCAGCUGCACGGACUGCUGCGCCGACAUCUUCCUCCAAUCGCCGGACGAUUCAACCGAUAUCAAGCUAUGGUUUCCCCUGCGUUUUCCUUUUCAUCCAAAUCAGUGAAAUUGGUCAACUGUCAUAUGCAAUCUUAACUCACAGUGGCAUGGCCACUUCGUGUUGUGGUGGAGGACAAUGAAAAUCCUGCGUAGACUGCUCGUGGUUGGCAGUGGAAGGUCAACCUCUAAGUCUGCAAUCUCAUUUGGGCCGUUCAAUUUUGCCACCCAAACCCGAUGGAUGAAGCCUGCUAACACUGCUCAAACCCGACUUGAGAACCGCACCAGGGACUUGAAGCUUGACCGCCUCACUGCUAACCGUCGCCGCCUCAAUCUCAUUCUCAACCUCCACCGCCUGGUCUCCGCCAGAAAACGGGGUCCCUUCGUCGCCAUACAGUCCCUGUCCAAGUUGGCGCCACAGGCUGGCAUCAAAACUCUACCUGCGGGAGCUUUCAUUAGGAAAUACCCUCACAUUUUUGAGGUAUUUACGCACCCUGCCUAUCAUAACCGUUGUUUCAGGUUUACCCAGAAAUUCAUUGCCCUAAUAAGAGAAGAAGAGGUCAUGAUCGCUCAACUCGAACAAGACUCUGUCACACGAAUCAAAAAACUCUUGCUCAUGUCUGUGAAUGGCACCCUUCAUUUGCAUUCCCUCAGAUUAAUUAGAGAUGAAUUAGGGUUUCCCGAAAAUUUCCGAGAAUCAAUAAUCAGGAAGUAUAACACUGAUUUUAAAAUGGUGGAUCUAGAGGUUGUGGAAUUGGCUGUUAAGGACUGUGAAAGACCAUAUAUGGCGGCCAAAGUUGAAAAGUGGCGGGAAAAAGAGUAUAAGGAGAAGUGGUUAAGUGAAUUUGAGGUCAAAUAUGCAUUCCCUAUAAAUUUCCCAACAGGAUUCAAAAAAGAAGCAGGGUUUAAGGAGAAACUGAACAAUUGGCAACGAAUGUCAUACGUAAAGCCAUAUGAGAAAACGAACAUCGUUAAUGUUCGUAGUUGUGGAGGAGUAGAGAGGUAUGAAAAGAGAGCCGUGGGAAUCAUUCAUGAACUCUUGAGUUUAACCGUAGAGAAGAUGGUUCGAGUUGAACGGUUAGCUCAUUUUCGGAAGGAUCUAGGAAUCGAAGUGAAUAUUCGCGAGUUGCUUUUGAACCAUCCGGGGAUUUUUUACAUAUCUACAAAGGGGGAUUCUCAAAUGGUUUAUCUGAGAGAAGCAUAUAGCAGUAAAGGUUGUUUGGUUGAGCCAAACAGAAUUUACAAUGCAAGAAGGAUGUUGUUGGAGGUACUCUUAAUGGGAAGUCGAAAUACUAGAGGAUUGAACCUGGAAAGGGAAGUACAGGAGAAACAAACAGUGAUUGUCAAAGAGAACGAAAACAAAAGUAGUAUGGUAGAUGGUGACUUUGUCAUUCCAAUUCUAGAGAAGUGUUGAUUAUAAAUUGAUUAAUUGGUGAAUUAGUAAUCUAAAGAGGUGUUGAUGUA